CUCCUAAUAAUCAGGAAAAAAUUAAACAUUUUUGAUAACCACAUGGAAUAAAUACAAAAUACUUAGUUUUAAAGUCCAAAGAACUGGCAACAUUUUAAAAACAAUUCUUUAGUCUUUGCCUUUUCUUUGACAAGUGUCACUUAUUCCAUAAAUUGUCUUUCUCUUUUCGGCGGGCCGUGUUAGCGGAACAAGGUGAUUUUCAAUAAUUUUGUUGUAUUGUUUUUAAUUAUUGAAGUUGUGAAAUAAGUGCUGAGUUACUUGUAUUAUUACAUCUAGUAUUGUGAGUCGUAAUUAGAGCGAUAAAUAUUUUAUAGUUUCUAAGAUGAAAGUGGAUUUUGUGAAUAUAACCUGUAAAUGCCUUAGAGUAGAUCAUAGCGAUUUCUUAAUAAAUUGUUAUGAGUGGACAAUUAGGCUAUAUAAACGCCAUGAGCCUAGAUUCCCAAGUGUAUAAGCUUAUCGGAAUAAUAGGCGUUGGGCACUUGCAACGGUUUGUGGCUACAAACUCCUCUUUACUGAUACCACGACUCAUCGCCAAAUAACAGCUCGCCAAGAUGGUGAACAACAGAGUACCGUCGGUAUUCUCCAAAACCUACGUGACGCCUCGUCGUCCCUUCGAGAAGGCACGUCUCGACCAGGAGUUGAAGAUCAUCGGAGAGUAUGGUCUGCGCAACAAGCGUGAGGUAUGGCGUGUCAAGUACACGCUUGCCCGUAUCCGUAAGGCUGCCCGUGAGCUGCUUACCCUCGAAGAGAAGGACCCCAAGAGGUUGUUCGAAGGUAAUGCGCUUCUGCGUCGUCUUGUCAGGAUCGGAGUGUUGGAUGAGAAACAGAUGAAGCUCGAUUAUGUGCUUGGUCUGAAGAUCGAGGACUUCUUGGAGCGCCGUCUUCAAACCCAGGUGUUCAAGGCUGGUCUCGCCAAGUCCAUCCAUCAUGCCCGUAUCCUCAUUAGACAGAGGCACAUCCGUGUACGCAAACAAGUGGUGAACAUCCCAUCAUUCAUUGUUCGCCUGGACAGUGGCAAACACAUUGACUUCUCCCUGAAGUCGCCCUUCGGUGGCGGCAGGCCCGGACGUGUCAAGAGGAAGAACCUCCGCAAGGGACAGGGUGGCGGUGCCGCUGCUGAUGAGGAGGAGGAUUAGACAAUAAAUGACGUUUAUUAUCUAAA